UUGCUUUGCAUGAAAAACCAUUUCCUUCUUGUUGUAUCUAUGGAUAGUUUAGCCAUCGACAGAAAUAUGAUUUUGUAUUUUGUUAUACUAACCUUAAGUUUUUCACAAUUAGCUAAAUGUGGAGACAUAUGUAUAGAUUUAGCCAACGAUCAUAAAAUAUCUUUCUUAACCGUUGAUAAAGAGGAUUGGUCGACCAGUUCAUAUCCAGUAUGUGCUUCAUUCGAGAAUCAAAUCAAUGCCACAGGAUGGGCUCGACUUCAUGUUUGGACCAAACCAGAGUCAAACUACAACGAUUCAACUCUUGCCUACCUCGCUGGUUACAUUGAAGGAUAUCUAACAAAGGAUUUGAUUAAUAUGCAUUAUGACAAUUUAUGGGAAAAAUAUUGUGAAGGAGUUGAAGCAGCCUUUUGUCAACGAGCAUUCAACUUUUUCGCCCAAAAUGAAGCUUAUAUUGAACAAGAAGCAAAUAAUAAACGAGACACUGAUCCAUAUUGGCAUCAUGUAGGUCUCAUUUUGGAUCAAUUGACUGGCAUGGAAGAAGCGAUAAAUUCAAAGUCGAGCUAUCAACCUGGCUAUCGAGUUAACACAACAGGCAAAGUAUAUUUAGUUAACACAGUUGCUGAUAUAAUGGAUUUAGAAAGUGCAUUAAACAGAACAGUUAAAACUCUUGCUGUUGGUCAAUCAUUUUGUUCAUCGUUGGUUCGGUACUCUGGUAAUGAUUUAUUGAUUGGACAUAAUACAUGGACUCAAUUUAGUUAUAUGCUUCGAGUUUUGAAAAAAUAUGAGUUCAACUUUAAGCAAGUACAAUCUUCAGAUAAAACUGUUCCAGGUUCAACCAUUUCAAUGUCAUCUUAUCCAGGAAUAAUAUUUUCUAUUGACGAUUUUUACAUCAUUUCAUCAGGAUUAGCAGUUGCCGAGACAACAAAUGGUAAUCACAAUGCAACCAGUCUCAAAUUGAUCCGUCCCAAAGGCUGUGUUUUGACUAUGAUCAGAACUAUGGUUGCUAACAGAUUGGCACGAGAUGGUAAAUCAUGGGCACAAAACUUUGAGCGAUAUAAUAGUGGAACUUAUAAUAAUCAAUUCAUAAUUGUUGACUAUUCCAAAUUUGUUCCUGGAUCAACAAGAAACUAUACUAAUUUAUUAUGGAUUGUUGAACAAAUGCCUGGAAGUAUGGUUUAUGGUGACAUGAGCUCAAUUUUGGUUAAAAAUGGUUAUUGGGCGAGUUAUAAUAUUCCUUAUUUCCAGAAAACUUAUCAAAUAGCUGGUUAUCCUGAUUUAGUCAAACAAUAUGGUGAUUUUUAUGUGCAUGAACAAAAUCCUAGAGCAAAACUAUUCCGACGUAAACAUACUGAAGCUUAUGAUCACAAAUCAUUACUUCAAUUACUUCGAUAUAACAAUUAUACUCAAGAUCCUGAAUCAAGAUGUAACUGUACUCCUCCUUACUCAGCAUCAAUGAGUAUUGCCUGUCGAGGUGAUCUCAAUGAUCCAAAUGGCUUAUAUCACAUACCAUCACAAGGAGUAAUUAAUGAAGCAGCCGUUGAUGCAAAAGUAACUUCAUUUGAGUUAUUUGCGAAGCAACAAAUGUACGCGAUCAGUGGACCAACAUACGAUAAUGUACCUCCAUUCGCUUGGUCUAAUUUCACGAUGAAAGAUAAAUUAGUCCAUAAAGGACAUCCUGAUCUAUGGGUUUUCAAGCCUGUUUAUUUCUAAUCAGCAAUAUUUCUGUGAUUGUAUUAAUGUUUGCGAAAGAUAUUAUCUAAAAAUCUUCAAUAUAAAUAAAAGCGCAUUGUUUAAAUAACAAA